AUGGAGACUAUUACCUUUUCCAACGAAUCGCUCAUCAACGCGGCUACGGACCGCCAAGAAGUCGGCGAAACCCCUUGGUACUAUGUGCUCGGGACAUGCGUACCACUUGCCAUUCUCGUGCUGUUCUGGAUGAGAGACCAUGGCACCAAGCUCCCGUAUCUCAAUCCCAAAGGACGGUUCGAGUGGUCCUCGGACAGGGUUGUUCGGGAGUUUGUAUUCAAUUCCUACCGAAUGCUGUAUUCAUCUGCAAAGGACUUCCUCGGCAAGCCUUUCCGUGUGCUGUGUGAUGUUGGAGAUGUCAUUAUCCUGCCACCUGAUGUUGGCCAGGAGAUUCGGAACGACAAGCGCUUUAGCUUUGUUCAAGGCCUAUUCGAGGACUUCCAAGGACAAUAUGCGGGCUUCGAGGCUUACAAGGAAGCCUGCCAUCCUUCCGAACGUAUUCAGAAUGUGGUCAAGCUAAGGCUAACCAAGACCCUUGGCAGGAUUUCGGGCAUUCUUUCGCAGGAAGUUGAAGAAAGCCUACAGGACACGCUAGGUGAUUCGACUGAAUGGCAUGACACGGUGGCCAAACAUGAAAUCCUCAAGAUUGUGUCCCGGAUGUCAUCCCGGAUCUUUGUCGGGAAACGGCUAGGACGCAACGAGAAAUGGCUGAGCACCAUCGUAGGCUACGUCGAGCUCAGCGUCCACGCGAUGCAAAACCUCCGCUUCUGGCCUAAGUUCCUUCGAGGCAUCGUGGUGUACUUCCUCCCCGGACCCACAAAGCUGCGCGCGUACAUCAGAGACGCCGAGACUCAAGUCUUUGCGGAGAUCAAGCACCGUCAACAGGAAGGGGACUCUGUCGAGGAGUACAACGAUGCCAUCGAAUGGUUCAAGGAGAUGGCCAAGGGGCAGAAGUUCAACCCAGCUGUCGCACAGUUGAUUCUGGCUGGCGUGGCGAUCCACACCACGGCGGACCUAGUUACCCAGACUCUUUACGACAUUCUUCAGCACCCUGAGCUUAUUCAACCUCUUCGAGAAGAAGCUAUUCAAGUCAUUGGCAAAGGAGGAUGGAAGAAGACGUCGCUGUACAACAUGAAGCUCAUGGACAGUGUUCUCAAGGAGAGUCAGCGACUGAAGCCAAAUCAGAUUGUGGGAAUGGCCCGUCGCGCCACAGCAGACGUCCAGCUCUCCGAUGGAACGGUUAUCAGCCGCGGCAGCGCGACUGUUGUCUCAGCCGAACGCAUGUGGGAUGACAAAAUCUACGAGAACCCGCACGUCUUCGACGGCUAUCGAUUCUACCGUGAGCGCGGCGGCCCCAACGACGCAGUCAGCCAGUUUGUCAGCACCAGCGUGAACCACAUGGGUUUCGGUCACGGCAUGCACUCCUGCCCGGGCCGCUUCUUCGCGGGAAAUGAGGCCAAGGUUCUGCUUGCUCAUAUGCUUCUGAAGUACGACAUCAAAUUCGUCGAGGGCCAGAAGCCGAAGUUUGCAGAGUUUGGGUUCACGCGCGAAUCGGACUCGGAUGCCAAGAUCUCGGUUCGUCGACGCAAGGAGGAAAUUGAUCUCUCCGUUCGGGUUGAGGAGGAAUAG